CUCGUAGUCUCAUACCCCAAUAAAACCCUAAUUCUCACUUCCCCCUCUUCUGGCCAUUCCAUUCCCCUCCCCCCUUCUCUCAAAAUGUCUUCCACCGCCGCCGCCGCCCGCCCACUGGUGACAAUCCAAACCGUCGAGUCCGACAUUUCAACCGACUCGACCCCCUCCGCACCACUCCCCGACGUCAUGAAAUCUCCCCUUCGCCCCGACCUCGUCACCUACGUUCACUCCAACAUCUCCAAAAACUCCCGUCAACCCUACGCUGUUUCCCGCAAAGCAGGGCAUCAGACCUCCGCUGAGUCCUGGGGCACGGGCCGUGCCGUUUCCCGUAUCCCCCGUGUGCCUGGUGGUGGUACUCACCGUGCUGGUCAGGGAGCUUUCGGAAACAUGUGUCGUGGUGGGCGUAUGUUUGCUCCUACCAGGAUCUGGAGAAAAUGGCAUGUGAAAAUCAAUGUUAAUCAGAAGAGGUAUGCUGUUGUUUCUGCUAUUGCUGCGACCGCUAUUCCGUCGCUUGUUCUUGCUCGUGGGCAUAAGAUCGAGACUGUUCCCGAGCUUCCCCUUGUUGUGUCGGACUCAAUUGAGGGUGUUGAGAAGACUAAGUCUGCUUUGAAGGUGUUGAAAUCAAUCGGUGCGUUUGAGGAUGUGGAGAAGGCCAAGAAAUCGAUUGCGAUUCGUGCUGGAAAAGGAAAGAUGAGGAACAGAAGGUACAUUUCACGAAAGGGGCCGCUCAUCGUGUACUCGACCGAGGGGUCGAAGUUGGUUAAGGCGUUUAGGAACAUUCCUGGGGUUGAGAUUUGCCAUGUUGAUAGGUUGAAUUUGUUGAAGCUUGCUCCUGGUGGUCAUUUGGGGAGGUUUGUGAUAUGGACUAAGGGUGCUUUCGAGAAGCUCGAUUCGAUUUAUGGGUCCUUCGAUAAGGCUUCUGAGAAGAAGAACAAGUAUGUAUUGCCAAGGGCUAAGAUGUUGAAUGGUGAUCUUGCUAGGCUUAUCAAUUCUGAUGAGAUUCAGUCGGUUGUCCGACCGAUUAAGAAGGAUUAUGUGAGGGCACCAAUGAAGAAGAACCCAUUGAAGAAUCUCAAUGUUAUGCUGAAAUUGAACCCCUAUGCUAAGACUGCUAAGAGGAUGGCUCUGUUGGCUGAGAAGCAAAGGGCUGCUUCUAAGGAAUCCAAGCUUCAAAAGAAGAGAAAGGUCCUUUCCAAGGAGGAGCUUACUGCCAUUAAGGCCUCUGGAAGAUCGUUCUACAAGACUAUGAUUUCCGAUUCCGAUUACACCGAAUUUGAGAACUUCACAAAAUGGCUCGGUGUUUCUCAGUAAUCUUGUUUUCUAGAUCUAAAUUUUUGUUAGAGAUAUUUGGUUUAAGAGUUAAUCUACCGGGUUUUGGAUGUUGAAGAUAUUAAGACUUGAAAGUUACCCCCAGCUCUUGGUAUUUUAAAUUUGUGGCUAUAGCUGUUGUAGUUUGAGGGCUCUUUACUGAGAAUUUACUGUCUGGUAUUUAUUGCUCUAGUUCUUAUAUGGAUUUUCAUACCUUAAUGUCUUGUUGCUUGUGGAUUUUCAUACCUUCAUAGUUUUGUGUGAGUGCUCCUCAGACUUCAGUUGUAUGAUUCUGAAUUUCUGAUUCUUGGGAAGUCUUAUUUUUGUUUUAAGUCUUAUUUUUGUUUAAUGAAGGGACAUUUGUGUUUGGUUUA